CUAUGGAAUAUUGGUACGGGCCGAAUCCUCUGAAAUCGCUAUACGUGCAACCAGUAGGCUACAUUCUCAAGAUAUCAAACAGCUUCAAUGUUUCUUAUCAGUUUUGAUACAUUGUAUCGGUUGCCUGAAGUGGUCUUAUAAAGGUGUUUUUAUUAGAUUGUCCUUUUUCUCUCUACAUAUGCUCCAUUGGAACAUGCUGCGUGUGAGAUCAGCAUUCUACCAGUCUUGGAGGGGCUUCAGGACCUUCCCCUGUGCAGCUGUUGAGGUGAAGAAUGAGCCCAUCCUGGGAUUCAACGAGGGCAGUCCAGAGAGGGCCGAGCUGCAGAAGGCCCUGGAUGACCUGAAGGGGAAGACAGAGGAGAUUCCCUGUGUGGUUGGAGAUGAACAUGUGUGGACCAAAGACAUCAGAUACCAGCUAUCCCCCUUCAACCACUCUCACAAACUGGCCAAGUUUUGCUAUGCUGACAAGGAGCUGCUCAACAAGGCUAUCUUGGCCUCUGUGGCGGCGAGGAGAGAAUGGGACCUGAAACCCAUCCAGGACCGAGCCCAGGUCCUCUUUAAGGCUGCCGACAUCAUCAGUGGACCUAAGAGAGCUGAGAUUCUGGCCAAAACCAUGAUCGGCCAGGGUAAAACAGUGGUGCAGGCAGAGAUUGAUGCAGCUGCAGAGCUAAUAGACUUCUUCCGGUUCAAUGCGAAGCACGCUGUUGAACUGGAGAGCCAGCAGCCCCUGGACAGUGACGGUAGCACCAACACCAUGCUCUACCGUGGGCUGGAGGGUUUCAUAGCUGCUGUUGCCCCAUUUAACUUCACUGCAAUUGGUGGAAACCUGGCAGGUACACCUGCUCUCAUGGGUAAUGUAGUUCUGUGGAAGCCUAGUGACACAGCCAUGUCAGCUAGCUACGCCGUCUACAAUGUCCUCCGGGAUUCAGGGUUGCCCCCCAACAUCAUCCAGUUUGUGCCGGCUGAUGGACCAGUAUUUGGAGACACCAUCACCUCCUCUGAACACCUUGCUGGCAUCAACUUCACUGGCAGUGUCCCUACCUUCAAGCGCCUGUGGAAACAGGUGGCCCAGAACCUGGAUGUCUACAAGAAUUUUCCUCGGGUGGCAGGAGAAUGCGGUGGUAAGAACUUCCAUUUUGUGCACAAGUCAGCAGAUGUGCAGAGUGUGGUGACCGGGACCAUCCGCUCAGCGUUUGAGUAUGGAGGGCAGAAGUGCUCGGCCUGCUCCAGGAUGUAUGUACCAGACUCUCUUUGGCCCCAGAUCAAACAGGGGCUCCUGGACAUCCACAAGCAGCUCAAAGUGGGAGACCCCGUGGAGGACUGGAAUACAUUCUUCUCUGCUGUGAUUGAUGACAAGUCCUUUGCUCGUAUUAAGAAGUGGUUGGACCAUGCCAAGUCUUCCCCUAAGUUGAACAUUAUUGCUGGGGGCCACUGUAAUGACAAGAAGGGUUACUUUGUGGAGCCCACCAUCAUUGAGAGCACAGACCCACAAGAAGCCAUCAUGGCCGAGGAAAUCUUUGGGCCAGUUCUGUCUGUCUAUGUUUACCCUGAGAACGACUACCUGGAAGUUCUGCACCUGAUAGACAACACAUCACCAUAUGCCCUGACAGGAGCUGUCUUUGCUCUCGAUAAGAAUGUUGUGAAUGAGGCAGCCAAAGCCUUGCGGAACGCUGCAGGAAAUUACUAUGUUAAUGACAAGUCCACUGGCUCUAUUGUCGCCCAGCAACCAUUUGGUGGCGCCAGAGCUUCAGGUACUAAUGACAAACCUGGUGGUCCUCACUACGUACUGAGAUGGACGUCCCCACAGGUGGUCAAGGCCACCCACGUCCCGCUCCGAGAAUGGAAGUACCCCUAUAUGGGUUAAAAAGACAGUACUCUACCCCUUCCUCCCCUACCUAGGCCUCCCUCACCCAAUCCUAGUUCUGUAGAGGAAUCUGUAGUCGUUUUCUCCAGUCAACACGGACAAUCAAAUGAAGAGAACAAUCCCCUCCUUACUCAUCCAAAUGUUGUCCCUUUUUUCCCUUAUAAGUAUGCACUGAAUCUAUACACAAGUACGAAUGCAAUUAUUAGCUGUUCUAAAUUGAAAGGGGGAGCAACAGUGCCCCUCUCUGGCACUUCAUGAGAUCAGCAGGAGCUGCAGCUGUCCCAGCCAAGCUGCCUGCUAGCUGUACAGAAGAAUGACAAUAUGACAAUACGUCCCGUGGAUCCACAGACAUAGUAAAACCGUGUGGUCUACCAUGGAUUCCACAGACUUGUAAUAAUCAAUCAUCUGUUUUUUUAAUCAAAUGGCUGCUAUGUGCUUCUGAGCCUCUGUUUUACCAUCUCAGUACUGACUGGUCCUGAGAUGUAGGCUACUCACUGUUAGGUUGUCUCUGUCUGUUCUGUCCUGAGGAAAGUAUUCAAAGAGUUGUUAAGCAUCAAAUACUUUACGAAACUGACUCUGUAUUAUAAAAAUGAACUGACCGUC